AUGAUAUCGGCAACAGCAUGGGUCCCGAGAGGGUUUGCGUCGGAGUUUCCGGAGAAAUACGUGCUCGAUGACGAGGAGAUGGCCAGAAUCAACGAGAUGGCCAAUUUGCACCUUGAUAGUGAGCAUAAGAAAGAUACAGGGAAGGUGAACUCGGACAAGUUGAAAGACACAGCCGAGGUGGACGAGGAUUUGAAGGAGUACGACUUUGAGCAUUAUGACGAGGAGCCGGACAACGUUUUUUUGGGCGAGACGGCAGACAUGUUUCCAGGAAUAUCGAAUACAGGGGCUAAGCUAGUGAGAGGUAAGAAAGGGGGAGAGGAGAAAAGAAAGGGAGAGGAAGGAGAAGAUGGAGUGGAGAGAGAAGAAGAGGAAAAUGAAGAACAAGACAAAUAUCUCGAGCUCCCUUCAAAAGAAGAAGAGCUUGAAGAGAAACAGGAAUUCCAAGUGUAUCCAACAGAUAACCAGAUCUUGGCCACAAGAACAGACGACGGGGUGUCGUAUUUGGACGUGUAUAUAUACGAUGACGGUGCCGGGGCCCCCGCCGGGUCGAAAGAGGAGGAAGGAGACAAGCAGGACCCGGAUGUGGCCCGGGGAAUGGUCCGAGGAAGCAGCAUGUACAUUCAUCACGAUUUGAUGCUUCCCAACUUCCCGCUCUGCGUGGAAUGGAUGAGUUUCCGGCCGCUAGGCGAGGUGGCGGCCUCGAACACGGGGAACUUCGCCGCGGUGGGCACGAUGGACCCGACGAUCGAGAUCUGGAACUUGGACUGCGUGGACAAGGCGUUCCCGGACGUGAUAUUGGGCGAAUUGAAAGAGGACGAGCUUGAGAGGCAGCAGGAGGGCAACGUGGAGCCCGAGGGAGUGCAGCCGGACCGCCACACGGCGGCAGUGCUCUCGCUGUCGCACAACCAGGUGUUCCGGAACGUGUUGGCGUCGAGUUCUGCGGACGGAACGGUGAAAUUGUGGGAUUUGGGCACGUGCGGCGUUGCACGGUCCAUCGGGGGCCUCCACCACGGCAAGGAGGUGUCCGCGGUGCAGUGGUACGGCACAGAGUCCGAGCAGGACGGAUCUGUGGUGCUCACGGGGGGCUACGACUCGUUUUGUGCGGUUUCGGACGUCCGGAUCGACGAUGCAAGCAGCAUGAGCAAGCUGUACAAGACGGGUGGCUCUGGCAGCGAAGACGUGGAGGCCGUUUGCUGGAAACGGGCCGGCGGGGCAUGCGCACACUUCUACGCGGGAACCGACAAGGGAAACGUGUACAUGUUCGACAUACGGAAGGAGGGCAGCCCGAUUUGGAGCUUGCACGCGCACGAUUCCGGUAUCACGUCUCUCGCCUGCAACCCGCACGUUGGCGAGAUGCUCGUGACCGGAGCUAUGGGCGACCGCCACGUGAAGUUGUGGAAAACAGGCCUGAAACCAUCCAUGGUGACCUCGCGCGACCUUGGCUGCGGAAAUGUGCUCAGUGCCAGCUUUGCACCCGACAUCGAGGUGGCUGGCGACCUUGUGGUUGGUGGUUCGAGCCCCGGCUUGAAGAUGUGGGACUGCUUCAGCAACCGGUACGUGCGGAAAUCCUUCCGGGAGGAUUUGAAGGCUGUCCAGGCUGCUGCUCGCACUGAGGCCCGGGCUGCCGGCCGGUCGUCCCGGCUAGCGCGGAAAUAUGCCAAUGAUGAGGGGGAUGUUGUUCUUGGCGAGGAGGAGGAUGAGGAGGAGGAGGAGGAGUGA